UUUACUCGUCUGAUUUAGUACUGAAAUCUUUUUAAAAUGGGAACCAUACUACAGUUCAGUUUUGUACUUUUGCUAUUUCAAGUUAUAGCUGUUAGGGCUACUACGGAAAAAAUUGUUUUUUGUUACUGGGGUACAUGGUCCCAUUACCGAAAUGGAAAUGGAAACUACAAAGUAAAUAAUAUUACUUGGCUGGAUACUUGGUUGGAUGAAGAUUUGCAUAAUCUUGCUAAUACUGUGGCAUUGAAACAACAAAACCCUGGCCUUAAAGUGUUAGAGGCUGUGGGUGGUUGGAAUGAAGGUUCAAUAAAAUACUCAACAAUGGCAGAUGAUGCGACAAAACGUUUAAAUUUUAUCAACUCAGCAUUAGCUCUUUUACAUCAGAAUGAUUUUGAUGGAUUAGAUUUAGAUUGGGAAUAUCCAGCGCAGCGCGAUGGAAUCUCUGCAGACCGACAAAAUUUUGUAAUUUUGCUGAAGGAAUUAAAACAAGCCUUUUUACUCACUACCGCCGUUGCUGCUGGUCAAACAUCCGCUAGUAUCUCGUACGACAUACCAAGCAUGUCGCAAUAUAUUGACUACAUAAACGUUAUGACAUAUGACUUUGUUAGUUCUUGGGAUAGCAAUAUUGGCAUACAUUCACCUUUAACUGGUUCCGGUCUUAAUACAGUAACAGCUUCAAUUAACUACUGGUUGCAAAGUGGUGCUCCACCGAACAAAUUGGUGUUAGGUAUACCAUUCUAUGGACGUACAUUUACCUUAGCAUAUUCAAAUCAAAAUACGCCUGGAUCACCUAGUGCAGGUCCUGGAGCUGCUGGUCCAUAUACAUAUGAAUCUGGAUUUUUGGGCUACAAUGAAAUUUGUGAAAAGAUUGUAAACUGGAAUAAGAUAUGGGACACAAGUUUUUCGUCUCCCUAUGCAUUUAAAGAUAACCAAUGGGUUAGUUAUGACAAUCCGGAGAGUAUAACUUUGAAAAUUAAUUUUUUGAAAUCACUUAAUUUGGCUGGUGCAAUGGUGUGGUCAAUAGAAAGUGAUGAUUUUCGAGGUACUUGUGGAAGUGCAUAUCCACUCUUGAAUGCCAUUAAUAAUGCAUUAUACAGUGGUACGAGUAUAACAAGCACCACACAAGGUUCUAUAACAACUUCCACAACUGCAGUCGUAACUACACUACCUCCCGUAACAACUACGACGAGCACCUCGAAUUCCAAUGGGUGUACCAAACAAGGAUACUUUGUUAAUUCCAAUGACUGCACAAAAUAUUAUUAUUGCACUAAUGAUAUGAUCCGUUACGAUAUGUCAUGUCCUAGUGGUUUGUACUUCGAUGAAGCCACCAUAAGGUGUAAUUGGCCUGAGUUAGUAAAUUGCCAUAAUUAA